AACAAAUUUUCUUCCCAUUUUCAAACAACUUCGAAAUCCUAACCCACUGAGGAUGGUCAACCAUUUGACGCUCAUGACAAUGUGUAACUGUUGACUCGAUACGGGGUAGAGCCAUUGUUUGAUGCUCCGGGUCAAUGACCCAUAGAUCACCAUGGGGAGCAUCCCAGAUCUACCAGUUCCUAUAAGUCUGGUAUCCGGACAUUAUUUCCUCUUCUCAGUCGAUAUAGCGACAUAUCUACGUCGGGAGCACAAUAUUUGUGGUGCGCUGAUAGGAACUCUACCACAAAUUCCCCAGCAGAAUGUCUUCCUUGGACUUCCCCUGGAGCUUAUGCCAGAGGAGGCAAGAAUACUAGUUGAGAAGGGCGUGGCUUAUAUCGUUGAUGAUGCCAAGGUUCAUGAGGAUGGCAUGCAGAACUUAGCUAACCCGGACCGGCAUCGUUACCUUCAGAGUCUCGAGCAAGAAGGUCGUCAAGCAGCACUAGCCCAGGCGGGCCGUAAGGAACAACGGAGAGAGGAAGCACUCAAGAAAUUAGAAAAGAGAAACGCUGCUAAACCGGCAGAGCCAUUGCAGAUCCAGGGUUCAGCGCUUUCUCAAAGUUCCAAUGAAGUAGAGUCUGAGGAACAUCUCUUUGAAAGCUCUACUCAAACUCCUUCCUCAGCCCUUACACCUUCAAGACAAUCCAUUGCCGUGGAAGCUGUCUUUGGAAUCACCCCCGCAACAUCAGAUGGUUUAUUUCCAAAAGCUCCACCCCCUCAGCCUCCCACUCUUCCAGAUGUACCACAGUCGUACCCUCUUUUUGCCCACUUACAUUCGAAAGGAUACUUCCUAUCUCCCGGCCUCCGAUUUGGAUGCCAGUACCUUGCAUAUCCCGGGGACCCUUUACGUUUCCACUCCCACUUCCUAGCCGUCUCUGCGGAGUGGGAUGAAGAAUUCGACAUCAUGAACCUGGUCGCCGGUGGUAGAUUGGGAACUGGCGUCAAGAAAGGUUUUCUUAUCGGCGGUGCAGAGUCGCCUGAUGACACUCAUAUCGAGACUUCUCCUGAUGCUGUGAGGACUUUUAGCUUCGAAUGGGCUGGAAUGUGACUGCGGAAACUGUUAAAUUCUUACAGUUUUUGUGGAUAUUUUACAAUACCCCACUGAACAUCGGCGGUAUGCACCUCGAUAUUAGCCGGUUAGGACUUGGCGAUAGCCAUGGCAUUUGCAUUCCGAGAGGGGCAUCGAGUCUGCCUGGAAACGACGUGUUCUGUGGAACUUCAAAUGGAAUACAUCAUCCGUAACCUAAUUAUCUACCAAGAACCAGCCAUGGUUGAGAAUCCACUCUUCACAUCAAACCACGGUGCCAACAACAAGAUACAACGCAAGAUACCUCGAAGUAACAAGGUCGACAAUAACUCCAUGCUGUAGGAUUGGGAUUGCCUAUCUCAAUAAACAGGCCCAGUAGCACACCUUGUGUGGAAUGCCCGCCAGCCGAACACACCAACAGCCUGCCUACCGUGAAGUAGUGGACAAUGGAUGCGACUGGAUAUAUAAGAGGAGCUACUAGCGUUGAGAGCGAAGCUUUCACUAUAUAUGUCAUCUGAAUUAUGACGACGGUAUUAUGCCAGUUGUUGUAUUAGCUUAAUGGACACCGUUUCAAGGUGAACGCCACUAAUGUAACAACGCAUCACGUUGAGUAUUGAUAUGAUGAGGAAUGUAUAAAUUUACUCCUUAAAACGUUUUGAAAUUUUACUUUUCCUCAAGCACAUGCAAUAAUAUCCAGAACCAACAUAAGAUGCACAAAUUGAUAAAGAUUUCACACAGCCAUGCUCGGAAGCAGGUGUAGCGGUAGCAACCAAUUUGAUGGACUGGAGUUGCAAUGAAUAAGGCGGGGAACAAUUGAAGGCCAUGUUGGCGGAGCAUUACGUGCCAUAAGUAACAUGGAUUCCAUUGAAGUCGAUUCCACACUCAAUCUCGCCGUAGUUGCUAACAGGAGGGAGACAAGGUAAAGGAAGUAAACAACAAUCAUGCACCGCGUGGUGAUAUAGACGGAUAAUAAUAUAUGACACACGUCAAGGGGAAUGCAAGUUCGCGAAGUUUCCCGUCCCAACAAACGAUUUGACACCCAUUCAUCCCUUGUCAAAAGUUCUAGUAUAUCAGCCAGGCUCUAGGAGCAGC